GCCGGGCUCCUGCGCCUGCCAGUCUCCCGAGCGGCUCCCUCCUCCCGCCGGUGCGGAGCUGGGCGGUGGGGGACAGCAUGCCCGCGCGCGCCGCGUGAGGACGCCGCGGCCCCCGUCCUCGUCAUGGGCACCCCGGCCUGCGCCCUCGUGUUCUGCGUGGCCGUGGCCGUGGUGGCCGGUGUCGCCUCAGAGCCCCCGGGCACGGAGCAGCGCGUCGCUGGGAAAGCGGCAGAGGGCCCGGGGCUGGAUUCUGGCCAGCAGGAACAGCUGGUGUUCAGCAGUGGGGACAUCGUGGAGCUGAGCUGCCACCCACCUGGAGGUGGUCCUGUGGGGCCCACUGUCUGGGACAAGGAUGGCAUGGGGCUGGUGCCCUCAGAGCGUGUCCUGGUGGGGCCACGGCGGCUGCAGGUGCUGAACGCCUCCCAGGAGGACGCUGGGGCGUACAGCUGCCGGCAGCGGCUCACCCGGCGCCUGCUCUGCAACUUCAGUGUGCGUGUGACAGAUGCUCCAUCCUCAGGAGAUGAUGAAGAUGGUGAGGAUGAAGCUGAAGACGCAGGGGCCCCUUACUGGACUAGGCCUGAGCGGAUGGACAAAAAGCUGCUGGCUGUGCCGGCCGCCAACACUGUCCGCUUCCGCUGCCCAGCUGCUGGCAACCCCACUCCUUCCAUCUCCUGGCUGAAGAAUGGCAAGGAGUUCCGUGGCGAGCAUCGCAUCGGGGGCAUCAAGCUUCGGCACCAGCAGUGGAGCCUGGUCAUGGAGAGCGUGGUACCCUCGGACCGGGGCAACUACACCUGUGUGGUGGAAAACAAGUUCGGCAGCCUGCGGCAGACAUACACGCUGGAUGUGCUGGAGCGCUCUCCACACCGUCCCAUCCUGCAGGCGGGGCUGCCAGCCAACCAGACAGCAGUGCUUGGCAGUGACGUGGAGUUCCACUGCAAGGUGUAUAGUGAUGCGCAGCCGCACAUCCAGUGGCUGAAGCACGUGGAGGUGAAUGGCAGCAAGGUGGGCCCCGACGGCACGCCCUACGUCACUGUGCUUAAGUCCUGGAUCAGUGAGAGCGCGGAGGCAGACGCGCGCCUCCGCCUGGCCAAUGUGUCGGAGCGGGAUGGGGGCGAGUACCUCUGUCGAGCCACCAAUUUCAUAGGCGUGGCUGAGAAGGCCUUUUGGCUGCGCGUUCACGGGCCCCAAGCAGCUGAGGAGGAGCUGGCAGAAGCCGGCGAGGCCAGCAGCGUGUACACGGGUGUCCUCAGCUACGGGGCGGGCUUCUUCCUGUUCAUCUUGGUGGUGGCAGCCGUGACACUCUGCCGCCUGCGCAGCCCCCCAAAGAAGGGCCUGGGCUCACCCACCGUGCACAAGAUCUCACGUUUCCCACUGAAGCGACAGGUGUCCUUGGAGUCCAACUCGUCCAUGAGCUCCAACACGCCGCUGGUCCGCAUUGCCCGCCUGUCCUCAGGAGAGGGCCCCACACUAGCCGAUGUCUCUGAGCUCGAGCUGCCAGCUGACCCCAAGUGGGAGCUGCCCCGGGCCAGGCUCACGCUGGGCAAGCCUCUGGGGGAAGGAUGCUUCGGCCAGGUGGUCAUGGCAGAGGCCAUCGGCAUUGACAAGGACCGAGCUGCCAAGCCUGUCACCGUGGCUGUGAAGAUGCUGAAAGACAAUGCCACUGACAAGGACCUGUCGGACUUGGUAUCGGAGAUGGAGAUGAUGAAGAUGAUCGGCACGCACAAGAACAUCAUCAACCUGCUGGGGGCCUGCACACAGGGUGGGCCCUUGUACGUGUUGGUGGAGUAUGCGGCCAAGGGCAACCUGCGUGAGUACCUGCGGGCACGGCGGCCCCCGGGCAUGGACUACUCCUUUGACACUUGCAAGCUGCCGGAGGAGCAGCUCACCUUCAAGGACCUGGUGUCCUGUGCCUACCAGGUGGCCCGAGGCAUGGAGUACCUGGCCUCCCAGAAGUGCAUUCACAGGGACUUGGCCGCCCGCAACGUGCUUGUGACUGAGGACAACGUGAUGAAGAUCGCAGACUUCGGCCUGGCUCGAGACGUGCACAACCUGGACUACUAUAAAAAGACCACAAACGGCCGGCUGCCUGUGAAGUGGAUGGCGCCUGAGGCCCUGUUUGACCGUGUCUACACCCACCAGAGUGAUGUCUGGUCCUUUGGGGUCCUGCUCUGGGAGAUCUUCACGCUAGGAGGCUCACCCUAUCCUGGUGUCCCUGUUGAGGAGCUCUUCAAGCUGCUGAAAGAAGGCCACCGCAUGGACAAGCCAGCCAACUGCACACAUGACCUGUACAUGAUCAUGCGUGAGUGCUGGCAUGCUGCGCCCUCUCAGAGGCCCACCUUCAAGCAGUUGGUGGAGGACCUGGACCGCAUACUCACUGUGACAUCCACCGAUGAAUACCUGGACCUGUCAGUGCCCUUUGAGCAGUACUCCCCGGGUGGCCAGGACACCCCCAGCUCCAGCUCCUCUGGGGAUGACUCUGUGUUUGCCCAUGAGCUGCUGCCCCCGGCCCUGCCCAGCAGCGGGGGCCCGAGGACGUGAAGGCCAUCAGCUUGCAGUCUGAGCCCCCAGCAAUGUGAGAGGGGACGCCAGCCCACCCUGGGCUGCUGGUGUGUGGUCCCCCAGGCCAGAACCUGGUACAGACCGACAGACCAACAGUGCUUCACGCCUGUGUGUGCACGUGUGAGCACUGCGGCUGGUGCAGCCAUCCUGAGGCCUGUGCUGCUGUGCUGUUACCUCCUAAGCAGGUCCUCUGCACCGAGGGGUCGAAGUAAAGAAUGUAAAGGGUCCUCCCCUCGAUCCCCCAGGGGCAGGCACUGAGCCAGACUGCCCAGACUCAGCCCCUGCCUGGCCCUCUGUGCCCCACGGGAGUGUCACGGGUCAGGGGCUGAGACCUCCAGUGCCCAGAGCUGAGCCUGCAGAAUAGCCCUCUUCCGACACCCCCCACCUCUACCCAAUUGGCACCUGCUGGGGGCGAGUAUCAGUACCCAGUGCCUCUUCCUGCCGCCUUGCUUCCCUCCCCCUCAGACUGAAAUUACGGGUACCUGAAGGUAGAAGCCUUUAACCUCUAUCCACAAAGUUUAUUCUAGAAACGAGUGUACAUUUAUAUAAAUAGCAUUGUGUAUAUGAUAUACAUACGUAUAUAUAAAAGUAUCUAUGGGAGAGGCUGCACACUGAGACCUGGGGUGCUGAGGUGGGGGUGGCCCUGGUGGGGAGGUCCCCAGGGAACUCGCUGUUGACACAACACAAAUGCAGGCAGGGGUGCAGGCACUUUUCUGGCACCACAGUUUUGUUUUAAAAAUUGUACUUGGACCUGUAUAUUUGUACAGCUAUUUAUCGACCUCCAGCACCCUUGUCACCUGCAUCACCCCCUCAUAGCUUUUAGCCAGCCCCACAGCAUACAGAAUUUUAGGUUUUAAGUUAUUAACAGCUGAGGGUUACAGAGAAUGUGCCCAGCCGUGCCUGAGCUAGAGUUGCCUGCAGAGCCUUGAAGGCCGCUAAUAGUUGGAGGUGAUUCGGGGAGGAUAUUUUAUUUCCUUUGCAGGGGAAUUAGAUUUCUAUAGGAUUUUUCUUUAGGAGAUUUAUUUUUUUUGGACUUUAAGGCAAGCUGGUAUUUUCAUUCAAAUUCUCCUUGCUGCGUGUUCUGGGCAAGGAGGCAGUUUCCAGGGAAGGGCCUGCCCUGCGUGCAGGUUCAGAUGUUAUUAGAUGUUACAAGUUUAUAUAUAUCUAUAUAUAUAAUUUAUUGAGUUUUUACAAGAUGUAUUUGCUGUAGACUUAACACUUCUUACGCAAUGCUUCUAGAUUGUUAUAGCCUGGACUGCUGCCUUUCAAAGCUUGGGAGAGAAGCCGUGAAUUCAGUUUUGUUACUUUGUGCCGUUAAUGGCCUGAGUUGGGGUGGUUGUCCCUUACUCGUGGGCUGUGCGGUGGCUCAGGGUGGUCUCUUCUUGCAGCCUAGUGCUUGGUGACUACAGUGUGACCCAAACCAGUAGACAUAAUCUUGUGAGCCCAGCAGAUAUACUUUCCCAAUAAAGCAAGAAGACUGUUUCCCACCCUGCCCUGGGCUCCUUGCCUUCUGUAUGGGACCCUGGGCUGCUCCUUGUGGGGUCAUUUGCCCCUAAGGAGGUUGGGAGGGCUCCAAACCUGUGGACUGGCUGGAGGACUCCAGGGUGAGGAUGCAGUCUGGUGUUGGUGGUAGGCCCUGGUGGGAGCUCAGAGAAUGAGCUCUGGGUGAGCCAGCUCCCUGGCUGCCCCCAGCUCAUGGGGGUCAUGUUCAGGCGCUUGUGUAGGUCUGAGGGGCCCCCUUGGCCCCCAGCACCUGCCUGCUUAAUUGCCUGAGGAGAGGAGCUUUCUAGGUGUCCCAACAUGGAGCUGCCUAUAAACAGAGUGAUUUCAGUAGAGUGCAGUCCACACAGGUGAUGGCCUUUCUCCUGGCCAGCUUCUCUCCCCCUAGCCUGGCCACCUGCUAAGGGCUCCACAGGUUCCCCCCUCCAUGCCAGCCAUGCCUGUGCCUUUCAGCAGACCUCUCCCAUCCUCCCAUGGUCACAGCCUGAGCAGGGUGGGAGUGAGUUUGGGAGGAGGCAGGCAUGAUUCCACCUCACAUACCACCUGAUCUGGGAGCCUCGUUCCCAUUGUAAGUUGGAACUCACUUUCCAGGCGAGGGCAUUUCUGGCCCAUUUUCUGGGUAGGCUGUUAGGGCCUAACCCUAUUGAGUGCUUGUCAGGGCAGCAGCUUCCUGACGGGGUGGGCACAGCGACUUUGAAAAGAGCAUCAUGCCCCCCAC